AUGAAGCAAUCGGCCUCUGAAGCACAGAAAAACAUCAGGGAUAUACUGAGGAAGAUAGACUUUAAUCCAACCAAAUCCCAGCUCUCCGAUCGAAAUCCCAUUGCGCGCGGUCAAACAUUUAAAGACCUCUGGAUACGAAACAGUCAGGGUCUCAUGACGGGCCUAAUCUAUAAUAGACCGAAGGAACCGUUGAUUUUCCUGGAAACUGCAAUUGCUCAAAUUCGUACCAAUCCAAAGGAAGAGCUGACGUGGGAUAUGUUCAUUGAUCGCGGAAAAGUGGACAUUUUGUCCGAAUUAGAAGUUUCUCCGAAAAUAUCAAGCGGAGGCAACGAAGAGAGAUCAAACAGCGUUAUUCGCACUCACCCUAACGACGUCAGAAAAAGUGUUAUUAAUACAGCUGAACGAUCCAAGAAAUUCAAGCACAAGGAAAAAGAGAAAGAAGAAAACCAAGUUUCCCUAAGGAAUAUUGAAGACACGCAGGUACCAACGCCGGAGAUGGGGAGAGCACAGCGGUCACCUUCUGUAAUGAAAGCAGCAGAAGUCGCUCAUAUCCCCCACGUGCCAGUUAUACUGUUCAUUGGUGGACCAGGAGGAGGCAAAACACGACAUGCUGCAAGAGUAGCCAGCGCACUAGCUGACCAAGGCUUAAUUCAUAUUUGCAUGCCAGAUAUGAUAAGGAGCGCCCUUGCAAAAUAUAAAGACCAAUACUCAGAAUGGAAGACUGCCCAUGAACACUAUCUACGAGGUUCAGUUAAUUUUACUUCUUUGUAA